AUAAUUUUAUUCUACUGUAGAAAAAUAAUCUGAAAAAAUUGUAACUAUUUGCAAUACAUUUUGAAACGAUGUUUUCAAAAAUUGUAUUCGUAUUCUUUGUAGCUUAUUUUACCAGAAGAAAUGUUGUUGCUAAUGAUACUCCUGAUGAGCAUGGAAAAAUUAUAGUAGCAUUAAAUGAUGUAUACAAUUUUUCGUUUUUAUCUAAUGAUGAAGGUCGUAAAAAUUUAUUGAUUUUCCUUAAACUACUGGACAAUAAAUCUAAGAUUUCUUUUCACACAACAAAAGUAACAAAUUUUCCACGUUUAAUAAAUAGAAACUCAAGUAAAGACUCAAUUGUUUACUAUGGUCCAGGAAAAAUCGAAAUAAAUUUUGAAAAUGAUGAUUCUGGCGCCGAAGGUUUGAGAAGUCUACUCAGUGAAUUGAAUACUAAUACAUCCUUUAAAUUAGAGUCAACAAUACCUGUUCCAGAAAUUAAUACUGAUGAUUUUCAAAACUCAAGUAAAGACUCAAUUGUUUACCAUGGUCCAGGAAAAAUCGAAAUAAAUUUUGAAAAUAAUGAUUCUGGUGCCGAAGGUUUGAGAAGUCUACUCAGUGAAUUGAAUACUAAUACAUCCUUUAAAUUAGAGUCAACAAUACCUGUUCCUGAAAUUAAUACUGAUGAUUUUCAAGAUUUAGGUAAAAAAAUAAAUGUUCUAAAAAUUGAUACAGCUUCAUUUGUAUUUAUUGCUGAUGAUCCAGAAAUAUUUUUGAAAGAUAUUCGGAGUCUAUUUAAAGAAAACGUUAGCAUAUUCAUUGGACCAGUUAAAGAUGAAAGUAAUUCAAAAGAUUUACCGAAAUUAACUUUAAUGAAGCUUUAAUAGAGAAUAUAAAAAAUUUAAAUUAAAAUUUCUUUUAAGUUAUUUAAAAGAAAUCAAACAAUCAUAUUUAUUUAAUAUCAAUCAAUGGAAUAAUAUUAAAAAAAUAGUUCAUUUAUAUGAUUCAAAUCUAUUUUUAUUGUUCAAUGCAUUGCUAUACUUUCAAUUUAUGAUAGUUCAUUUUACAAAAUAAAAAAACUAAUAAAAACUUUAAA